GCCUUACAGAGACGAUCUCGUAUUUUGGCGCUUAAGACAAUUUGUUUUUGUGCUUGUGUUGGAAGGUUAGGUCGAGGUCUGCAAUUGGCCUUGUGGUUAGGCCAGUUGACUUGGUAGGUUGGUCUACAAACUCGAAACCAAUCCUGCAAUUCAACACUACUAUAUAAGCAUAGACGAAGCAUCGGCGCAAUGGCUACGAAUUCUUUCCGAAAACUCACUUUUUCAGGAGCCUCCCGUCUGGGUGGUUGUCGCCGUCUCCCACUAACCUGCAGACAACUUCGAUUCGCCUCCGACAGCGGAGCCGCAGCGGCAACUACAAAAGCAACGGCCGAAUCAGCAGCCGAGUCAGCUAGUAUAAACGUCAAAGAGGCACCCAAAAAGGCCGGACGGGGCCUGCGGCGCACGGUCCUGGGAACGUCGUUGGCGCUGACGCUGCUGGUUGGAUAUGUCUACGGGACGGACACCCGGGCGAGUGUGCAUCGGUACGGUGUUGUGCCGCUGAUUAGAGCAUUGUAUCCUGAUGCGGAAGAUGCGCAUCAUAUUGGUGUCGAUACUUUAAAGAUGCUGUAUAAGUAUGGUCUGCAUCCAAGGGAACGGGGGGAUCCGGAUGGAGAUGGGGCGCUGGCGACAGAGGUCUUUGGGUAUACACUGUCAAACCCAAUUGGCAUAUCGGGCGGCCUGGACAAGCAUGCUGAGAUCCCUGAUCCGCUGUUCGCGAUCGGUCCUGCCAUUGUCGAAGUCGGGGGUACGACACCCUUACCACAGGAUGGUAACCCGCGUCCUCGCGUAUUCCGACUUCCAUCACAGAGAGCGAUGAUAAACCGGUACGGCCUCAACUCCAAAGGCGCAGAUCACAUGGCAGCUAUCUUGGAGCAACGAGUACGCGAUUUUGCCUACGCAAACGGAUUUGGGGCAUACGAUGCGGCUAAGCAGCGUGUAUUGGACGGCGAAGCUGGUGUGCCACCAGGUAGUCUUCAGCCUGGUAAGCUUUUAGCUGUCCAAGUGGCAAAGAACAAGGCCACUCCUGACGGCGACAUUGAAGCCAUCAAGCGCGACUAUGUGUAUUGCGUGGACCGUGUGGCCAAAUACGCUGAUAUUCUUGUUGUGAAUGUAUCGAGCCCCAACACACCCGGUCUCCGUGACCUUCAAGCCACUGCCCCGCUCACAGCUAUCUUGAGUGCUGUCGUUGGCGCGGCAAAGAGCGUGAACCGCAAGACCAAACCAUAUGUUAUGGUCAAGGUCAGUCCGGAUGAAGACUCAGAUGAACAAGUCUCUGGUAUCUGCGACGCCGUCCGAGCAUCCGGUGUCGACGGAGUGAUUGUCGGAAACACAACAAACCGUCGCCCCGACCCUAUACCCCAAGGUUACACUCUUCCGGCCAAGGAGCAGGCAACGUUGAAAGAAACCGGCGGGUAUUCAGGUCCACAGCUGUUCGAUCGCACAGUGGCCCUUGUGGCUCGGUACCGCUCCAUGCUGGAUGCGGAGUCGGAAACGGCCGGAUCCGCCAAGGAUUCAGCAGCGACCAUAGCGCAAACAGAGCCAGGCUCGGAAAACGUUCCUCCUGUGGAAGCGCCAAGCGGACUGCCGCGCAAAGUUAUCUUCGCUUCGGGUGGUAUCACCAACGGGAAGCAGGCUCACGCUGUUUUAGACACAGGGGCAUCUGUUGCCAUGAUGUACACCGGUGUGGUCUAUGGUGGCGUCGGCACUGUCACUCGAGUGAAGCAAGAACUUCGAACGGCGAAAAAGGAGUGA